AUGAUCCUCGGAACACACAAUGGAAACAUCCACACUCUCGCCCUGCCCUCGCUACACUCCCUGCGCCUCUACCACGCUCAUUCAGCCUCCAUCACGGCAAUCGAUGUCUCUCCUCGCCCACAACCUGCCUCUGCCUCUACCGCCCCCCGUCUUGACCGCCUCAAUUCAAAUGCCUGGCGAGCCCCUCCCUUGCCCCUCCCUUCGUCGCGCAACCCAAAGCAACCUCCUCCCGUACCCUCGACUCCGUCUAACCUCAUCCACAUCGCAACUGCCUCUAUUGACGGCCAUGUUUGCGUCUCAUCCCUUGUCGAUCCCAAGGAUGUCUCUCUUCGCAACUUUGCGCGUCCCGUCAAUGCUGUCGCCCUGUCGCCCGACUACAAGCUAGACCGUACCUAUCUCUCCGGUGGUCUCUCUGGAAACCUCAUCCUGACUACCGGUGCUAAAUCUGGCGUGAGUGCCGAUGCCAACACCAAUAGCGCUGCUGCCGCUGCCUCGGGCUGGCUGGGCUCCAUAGGUCUGGGAAGCAACACGGGAAAGGAUACCGUACUGCACUCCGGCGAGGGUGCCAUCAGCACCAUCGCCUUUUCCAAUACUGGUCGCUUUGUUGUUUGGGUAAACGAACAUGGCAUCAAGAUCAUGCGCUCGCACCUCAAGCUCGAGUCUCACGAAUCAGAGUCCGCCUGGAAGCGCAUUGCUCAUGUCGAUCGACCCAAUCGCAAUCCUUGGCCCGAUAUGGCUGCUGUCUGGAAGGCUCGUGUACAGUGGAUUGACAACGACGCUCUGGAGGCAGACUUGGAUGAACCCAGAGCUCCAAAUCCUUCGCCUGCUCCAGGACCCAACAAGUCUUCGAAAAAGGCCCCGCCAGAGAAGCUACUUGUCGGAUGGGGUGAUACCGCUUGGCUGAUCCACGUAUACGCCGCUCGCAUGACUGCCGGAAAGAAUGGUGCCCAGCGUUUACCUGGCCGCGCCGACAUUCUCCACAAACUGACCUUCGAUGAUUGUGUCGUUUCUGGACUGUCCCUCUAUACCCCUUCUCUGCUCGCCGUACUUGCCUACCGUACGCGUGACGACCAAGACAAUCCCGUACCUUCUUCCGUGCAGGACACUCCAAAGAGAGGCAGGCACCACCGACAGACAGGCCUACAACCAGAGCUUCGUUUGAUCAAUUUUGCGACUGGCGAGGAAGUUGACGUCGACACCCUUAACAUCAACAGAUUCGAGUCGCUUUCAGCUGCCGACUACCAACUAACUUCGCUAUAUGUACCUCCUCCACCCCGUCUUGCUCCAGCGCAAAGGGGUGCACUCGAGAACUUCGGUGCUGGCUUGUGGGAUGCAGGUGCAAGUGCAACACGGCUCUUCAGUUCUGGCGCCAGUAUGAAGAGUCCGCCACCUAGUGAGGGAGGAAGAACGGCAGUCAAAUCUCCCGCGGGAUCUGUUGGUGGUUCUCAAAUCACAGUGACGCCUCGCUCGACGCCUGAUGCGAAUCCAUUCCUCGCGCGAACAGGCCUCAAGCUUUUCGUCCACAGCCCCUACGAUUGCGUCCUUGCUAUCAGACGUGAGCUCGCAGAUCAUCUUGGAUGGCUGUUGGAACGCAAACAGUACGGGAAAGCUUGGAGUCUGAUUGAUGAUCACCCUGGCAUAGUCAGCACCCCAAGUGAUCGUCGAUCUGUACCAUCGUCACCGAGCGGACCUACGCGGGCGCAGAACAGCUUGGCAGACUUCUUUGCCGACGAGGACAUAUCCCAGACUACCAUGUCUCCCGAAAAGAUACAAAACUCCAUUGCCACAAAAGAAAAGCAAAGGGUGGGUGACCUGUGGCUACAGCAGCUUGUUGCGAACGACGAAUGGUCGACAGCAGGAAAAGUAGCUGGCCAGGUUCUCGGCACCUCUUCCAGAUGGGAGAAAUGGGUUUUGGCAUUUGCACAAGAUGGCCAUUUCGAUGAGAUCACGCCGUACAUUCCUAGUACCGACCUGAAGCCUGCGUUGCCAUCGUUUGUAUACGAAGUCAUCCUUGGUCAUUACAUUGGCCAUGAUCGACCUCGGUUCCGCGAACUCCUAGAUCGUUGGGACCCCGAGUUAUUCGACAUAACCAGUGUCAAGACAGCCAUCCAAACCAAACUUGAUUCGAGUGAUGUUAACGAGGAAUCGGUGGAAGGAGGUGAGCAAGGAAGAGACUGGCGCAUUUUGUUGGAUGGACUAGCAAAGCUGCACCUGGCUGAGGGUUGCACGACAGAUGCCUUGCGCUGUUACGUCCGACUACAAAACGGCGAUGCUGCGAUGUCACUGAUCCGCGAAUACCAUCUAGCUGAUGCUGUCUCCGACGAUAUUCCUGGUUUAUUGAUGCUUCGUGUAUCCAAGGAACAAAUGAAGACAGCAUCCCUGGAAGAACUCGAAGAAUCCUCCGCAGAGGUCGUCCGACUACUGAUUGAUGAAGCCUUUGCAGGCAAUGUCCGACCCGACGUGGUCGUGUCGCAGCUCGAGCAACAUGGAUCCAGUUACCAACCAUUUCUAUUCUUCUAUCUCCAUGCUCUCUGGACAGGACGGACGACAGAUAAUCAAGCACCAAUCAGUCGAGUCGAGCGUAUGAAGCUUCAGCAGCAGAUAGAGGAAGGCAGAUUGCUAGUGGAACAAUACGGCGAUUUGGCCGUGACGCUGUUUGCGGAGUAUAAUCGUGAACUUCUGAUGGACUUUUUACGAGCCUCAACGUCGUACACGUACGAAAAGGCAUCGCAUAUCUGUGAAGACAAACAUUAUGUGCCGGAGCUCGUGUAUCUUCUCAGCAAGACUGGACAAACCAAGAGAGCCUUGUUCCUGAUCAUUGGAGAACUCGGCGAUGUCAGCCAAGCCAUCUCUUUCACCAAAGAGAAUCCUGAUCUCUGGGACGAUCUGCUGGACUACAGCAUGGACAAGCCGAAGUUUAUUCGCGCUUUAUUGGAAGAAGUCGGCACAUCUAUCAACCCAAUUACAUUGGUACGGCGGAUACCAAAUGGGCUAGAGAUUGAGGGCUUGAGGGAAGGAAUUGGCAAGAUGAUACGCGAAUACGAGAUACAACACAGCAUCAGCGAUGGCGUUGCCAAAGUGCUACGGGGAGAGGUAACGUCGGGCAUGGACGUGCUUCGAGCAGGACAGAAGAAAGCAGUGAAGUUCGAGGUCACACAUGAAAAAGCUGAUGAUGUCGAGGUGCAUGUUGAUACGGUGCCAAUCAUCAAUGGUAAUGGUGUGGACGAUAUCAGCGCCAACCAUGGCCCUAAUACAGGACAUUGCGUUGGUUGCAAAGACAUGUUCCAUCAAGAUGAGAAAGAGACACUCGUCGGAUUCAAUUGUGGCCACGUCUUUCAUCUUUCUUGUCUUCUUGAUCUCGACACGAAGGCUGAUCAAGCCGAUAUCGAAGGAUUACAAAUUAGGAGGUCUUCGGAAGACGAAGAGCUUGACGACACAAGUAGCAGAAGCGUGCGGACAAAAGUCGAGCACGCGCACCAGAUCAAGCGAGCUGUUCAAGGCGGUUGCCCAGUGUGUACACUGCCCGAUGAGGCUGACUAG